GUCUCUUGUUCUUCAGGUGAAGCAAAUUGAAAAACGAGACUCUGUUUUAACAUCAAAAAACCAGAUUGACAGGCUGACCCGACCUGGAUCUUCCUAUUUCAACUUGAAUCCUUUUGAGGUACUGCAGAUGGAUCCUGAAGCCACAGAUGAAGAGAUAAAGAAAAGAUUCCGGCAGUUGUCAAUACUGGUGCAUCCAGACAAAAAUCAAGAUGAUGCAGAUAGAGCCCAGAAGGCGUUUGAAGCUGUAGAUAAAGCGUACAAGUUGCUCCUAGAUCAAGAGCAAAAGAAGAGGGCCUUGGAUGUGAUACAGGCAGGAAAAGAAUAUGUGGAACACACUGUGAAGGAAAAAAAGAAACAGUUGAAGAAGGAUGGAAAACCUCCCAUUGUAGAGGAGGAUGAUCCUGAAGUUUUCAAACAAGCUGUAUACAAACAGACAAUGAAGCUCUUUGCUGAACUGGAAAUUAAGAGAAAAGAAAGAGAAGCAAAAGAAAUGCAUGAAAGGAAGCGGCAGAGGGAAGAGGAGAUUGAGGCACAAGAGAAAGCAAAACGAGAGAGAGAAUGGCAGAAAAACUUUGAGGUAAUCAGCAGCUUAAUUUACAGGAUGGACCUCAGCAAUUCUUGGCCAUGCUGCAGGGAAUGCCCCUAG